AUGAUUUCAUCGUCAUCACAGGAUGAGUCCGAUUUGAAAGAACUUGGACUUCAAUCGGAUUAUUUUGUGGAAUAUCCUUGGAUUGGAGAACCUGAGAAGAGAGUUGAAGAAAAUUCAUUGGAUGAUAAAGAUCCCUAUUUUAAUAAAUUAGGAGGAAAUCCAGCUUGGAUUACCGAGAGUGAAUUACAAAUUAUGCAACUACCUCCCAACGCACAAUGUAAAGACUUGUCUAGCCUCUUACCACAAAUCCCGAAAUUGAAAUGUGGAAAUUGCUCAGGAAAAUUAUCUCUUGUUGCUCAAUGUUAUGUUCCACUGGGUCCUUAUGAUCGAUUUUUGUACGUGUUCGGGUGCAAUAAUGGUGCAUGUAGUGAGAAGAGCAAUGCUUGGACUUGUUUACGUGUUCAAUUCAAGGUAGACUCAAAGAAAGUAGAGGAACAGAAAAACAAACCAAAGAGUGAGCCUUCAUCUUCGGGAACAACAUCUCAAACAAAAUCAACCACCGAAGCAACAACAACAGGAUCUUCUUCUCAAACAACAUCCCAAACAAAAUCAACCAAUGAUUGGACACAAAGCGUUGAUGAUAAAGAAUUGUCAGAUUUACUCUCAGGUCAAGAAGCUCAACUCAAAAAGAUGCAACAAGAAAAGGAUGCGAAAAAGAAACAAAAGAAGAAGAUCUCAAAAGUUGUUUCAGAGGGAAAUUUACCUUGUUUUGCGUUAGAUAUUUAUGAAGAACCAGAGAUGGAAGAAGAGUUUACUGAAGACUCUCAUGAAAUGAAAUUAUUAAAGCAAUUCCAAGCCGCCUCCGAAGAAGCAAAGGAAAAGAAUGAAGAAAAUGCUUUUGAUUCGAAAGAAGCAGAGGUAUUUGCAAAGAAGUUUAUGAGUGAAAAGAUUAAAGGUGUGACCUUUAAAGAAGACAAGAUUGAAGACAGUUCUAAGGAAGCAGGUGCAUCAUCCUCUGUUGAUCAUGCUACAGAGGAGCAAACUAACGAGACUCUGGAAGACAAUGAUGAAGAAGAGCAAGUACAAGAGUCAGCUGUUCCUGAAUCAGACAAAGUGAGUCUUGCUUUUGUGCAUUUCCAAACAGUGUUGGCCACAUGUCCACACCAAUCCAUUAGAUGGCAAUUUGGUGGUAAGCCUUUGUGGGUGUCAGAUGAUGCCUCAGAUAUGCCUCCAAAAUACAUGCAACUCAAGAAAAAGUUAUUGGAAAAGAAGAAAGAGAAUGAAGCAUUGAAAGGUUCAAAGCACGACAGUGACGAUGAGGAGGAUGACGAGGAACAGAAUUAUAACGAGCUGGAGCCAAAUCCUUCCGAUUAUGCACCAAAGUGUGACAAGUGUGGAGCGCCAAGAGUUUUUGAACUUGAAAUUUUGCCUACCGUAAUUUAUCAACUGCAAUGUGAUAAGCAUGUGAAAAGUGAUGUUGCAGAGGGCAUGCAAUUUGGUUGUGUUUGUGUCUUUACAUGUAGUAAUCCGGCAUGUGAUGGAUAUACUGAGCAAGAGCGAAAGCAAUUAGGUGAUAGCGUUCCAAAGCUGAGGUACAUUAAGGAGCACAUUCAUGUACAAAGAUCUCUCUAA